GUGUCUCCGACGCUCAGAGACUCCGACACUUCACCGAGCAGCGCCACAAUGCGGUGCCACAAGUUUUGGGGACCAUGUUCGAUUGGAUUUUACGUUUUGAUUGUCAUCCUUUUUAAAGGAUCCUUGCAGGGGGAGUACCAGAGGAGGCUGUACAAGGAGCUGAUGGCUAACUACAAUCGAUUAGAGAGGCCUGUGGUCAAUGACUCGGCUGCUAUCGUGGUGGAGCUGGGUCUCACCCUGCUGCAGAUAAUAGACGUGGAUGAAAAGAACCAGGUACUGAUGACCAAUGCCUGGCUGCAGCUGUACUGGACGGACGUCUACCUGAGCUGGAAUCCAGAAAACAACCCUGGUGUCCAGAACCUACGAUUCCCUUCAAACCAGAUCUGGACACCUGACAUCCUCCUCUACAACAGUGCAGACGAGCGGUUCGAUGCCACGUUCCACACCAACGUACUGGUGAACGCGUCAGGCAACUGUCAGUACAUCCCCCCUGGCAUCUUGAAGAGCACCUGUUACAUCGACGUGCGCUGGUUCCCCUUCGAUGUGCAGAAGUGUGAUCUCAAGUUUGGCUCAUGGACGCACAACGGCUGGCUUCUGGACCUCCAGAUGCUUGAUGUGGACACGUCCACUUACAUACCCAAUGGAGAGUGGGAUCUUGUGGGUGUGCCCGCCAAGCGAAAUGAGCUGUACUACGACUGCUGCAAGGAGCCCUACCCUGACGUGACGUUCACGGUCACUAUGCGCCGCAGGACUCUGUAUUACGGACUAAACCUGCUUAUUCCCUGCGUGCUGAUAUCUGGCUUGGCCCUGCUGGUCUUCCUCUUACCUGCAGACUCUGGAGAAAAGAUCUCUCUGGGCAUCACUGUGCUGCUUUCACUAACUGUCUUCAUGCUGCUGGUAGCCGAGAUCAUGCCCGCCACGUCUGACUCUGUGCCCCUCAUUGCCCAGUAUUUUGCCAGCACCAUGAUGAUCGUGGGGAUGUCUGUGGUGGUGACCGUCAUAGUUCUGCAGUUCCACCAUCACGACCCACACGGAGGCAAGAUGCCCAAAUGGGUCCGGGUGGUUCUGUUGAACUGGUGUGCCUGGUUUCUCCGUAUGAAGCAGCCUGGUGAAGACCGCAAGAGGCCCCGAUACAAGUACCAUCACUCCACCCAGCACCACUCCCGAACCAGCUCCAUAGAGAUGGGAACGAUGCCCAGCAUCACCGUGCCUCUGUCCCAGACCUCCUGCCCACCGUGCACCACAGGCACCUCCAACGGCUCCAUGAGCCUCUACUUUGGCAGUUACCAUCCCAUGGAGAGUCCACACUGCCCCCCCUCCAGCGACUCUGGGGUUGCGCUGGGGGGCCGUGCCCACGGCUCCCUGAGCGAGGAGGCCGAUCCGGCAGGAGGAGCCGACAGCGGUAUGGGAGGUCUGGGAGUGGGAGGUGGAGCCGGGAUGGGAGGGAGCAUCCCCCCGCCAGAGAUCCUGCACAUCUUGGAGGAGGUGUCGUACAUCGCCCAGAGGUUCCGGGACCAGGACGAGGCGGAGGCCAUCUGCGGCGAGUGGAAGUUUGCAGCAGCAGUGGUUGACCGUCUGUGUCUGGUGGCCUUCUCGCUCUUCUCCAUCAUUUGCACUUUCACCAUCCUCAUGUCAGCACCCAACUUCAUCGAGGCCGUCUCCAAAGACUUCACAUAACUGGUUGCAGCGUGAUGGAGGGAGGGAAGAAGGUGUGAAGGACCUGAGGCCAUGAACAAGUUACAAGAAGAAGUGGGGAAGGGGUUACAGAGCGUAGUCCCCCACUGACAGCCUGGACCUGCAUUUAAUAGGAGGUGGCCUCUGAAGUGUAUCAUCAUAACAAACAAUCAUUUAAAGUAUUUAAAAUCUUGGUGAACAUCAAGUUUCAUAAAGCUCAGUCAUGCUAAAUAAUGUAAACCACUGAACAAUUCAGGAAACAUAUUCCUAUUAAAUUAGAAUCUUAUUUACAAAGGCUUUAGGAUGUGGUGUACAGUAAAAUGUGAAUCAAAAACAACAUUCAGUCCUUUGCAAAUACUUUCAAUCCCAUAUUUAACUGAAAUAUAGAAAUCAAGCUAUCAUUCUUUAAAAAAACUGUGUUUUCUUUUAAUUCAGUGCCAUUUACAGGCACAGACAGUGGAUUAGAGGAGAAAAGACUGCAAAGAUGUGUGGUGCAUUAACAUCUGGAGCAACAUCCCAGAACUAAGCAGGUUUCUUUUACUACAGGUCAGUAGCACAAUAUUUCAAAAAUAAAUAAUGGCAGGUUUUCGUUACACUGCUUGCAAAUAAUUUCAGAACAUAUUUUUCCCUUGAUGUAGUUUUAAGUUCUCAAAUUUUCCAUAAAUGAUGGAACUUCAUAUCCCUAAAUGCUUGAAUUGAAGGCAACUGGAUGUUUCGCCUUCCAUCUAGAAGACUUUGCCAAUUACCAGGCCUGGAAGACUGAGAAUCUGCACUGGUACAUCACAAUCAUGAUUGCUGGGAUCUUUGGCUCCUCAGACAUGAGAAACAGAUAAUGCUGUUUCUGAAACCUGUCAUGCUUUAGCUAGAAACCCUGACGGAGACUCUGAGGAUUGAAGGGAAAUGGUUUCUUGCUGGUGAGGCAGGGGGAAGAGCUAGACCGCUGAUCUAAAUCACUUGAUGUGGUGACCGGGCAGGCAAGCUGACGGAGGUGAUGCAGGACGGGCAGAAGGACUAGCCGGCAGGCAGGUAAAGGACUGGGUAAGGAUUAGAGGUGACAGGAGUUAAGAUCCAGAUAGUUCAGUAUGAACUUGCUAAUGCUCUUCUUCAAACAAAAGACCAAACACAGUGAUGAUCCAGCAGGGACUGAAGCUGAAGCCAGGGGAUAUUUGCAGGUGAGUGAUGAGCUGAUUCAGACCAGGUGGUUCAUUGCAGAUGCAGGUCAGGUGUGGAGGAACGAGGGAGCCAGGAGCUGUCAGGCCACUGGCUUCAUGACAAAACCAUGAAUGAGGAACAGGUUAGAUGUUUACCAGAGAAAGAAGAAGCAUCCCUGGUUCUUCCCUCUCUCUGGAUCCAAGCUCAACAAUAAUGGACAAAGGUGAAGUGGAAAAUUGCCCUCUUUUGUGAUGUGUGUUGCAUGUAGCUGGAGGGAGUUGUGCUCGUAUGGAAACAUUUUUCUUUCAAAAGAAAAAAGGCUGAUGUAGCACGGAUGUAAAUAUUCCUCGAUACCAACAAAACUGAAAAAGUCUUUGCACCAUCUUCAGUUGAAUAUGGGGUUUAAAUGAUUUGCAAAUAUUUCCAUUCCUUUUUUUUGGUUCUGUGUUUUGAAAUGGGAGUGUGAUGUUGUGUCACAUGAGCAAUCCAAAUGAGAAUAAGAAACAUGCAUUUAUUUUCAGUCUAUCUUGAUGACGGAAAGAAAUGGUUUCUUCCUUGAAGUUCAGAGCAGGUUUUUCACACAGACCAAACGGCAGAAACACGAGGCAAAAGUAAGGUACAAUAUUAAGACGUCGGUGGGGAAGAAGAGGAGAGCAAUAUUUGUUUUUCUUCUUUUAUCAUAACUUACUUUCUGUGUUAAUCUCAAAGCUGUGUGUAAAUAUUAUUGUUUUAACUGUACUCUGGGUUUUAAAAGAACAGUUUUAUUGACUGUAUAUUUACUGUAUAAUGAAACCGCGCUACUGUUCAACCUCACUGCCUCCUCCCAUCGACUGCUGUCCUGAAGCACCACCUCAGUCUGGUCUCACACACCGACUCUUCUCCUUGUUCAAGUCUUCGUAUGGAAGCCGCAGAUGCUUUCUGGGGCUCUGUGUUAUGAUGUUAGGUUAGUUAACAAUAAUUAGACCGAUUUCUGAGACAUUAUACCCUUUUUUUUUUUUGUCACAAGCUUUUGUCUGAGAUAUAUUACGCAGAACUAGUGGGUGUCCUCAGUAGAUGGUAGAUCCAGCCUUUUAUUUCUUGGACGUGUUUUAACAAAGAAUCUCACCAAAUGCAAUGUUUCCUGGUUUACAAAAGUAAAUAUUGGAUUCAUUCUUUCAGUAAAGUUUUUCUCAGUAGUAGAUGAAAGCUAUGGCAGACAAACGGAAUGACUGAUUAAAAAUGAGAUAUACUACUGUGAACUUUGACCAGAAGAGCGCUGGACAUCGCAUUAAUGCUGCGACACGAGUGUGACAAAUAUGUUUUCCAUCAGUUAACUUUUGUUUUGUAUCACCUCUAACUUUGUCUCACUUCUUUCUUUUGAAAUAAAGACUGUAGUGUUAUGAGAACAGCUCUACACAGCUUUUAAAAGUGAUGAAUUAUCUUGUAUUGCAUCCAAAGGCGUUUGUAUGGGCUGCUAUUGUCAGGUCUUGACCAGUAACACCAGACACAGAAAAGGGAUUUCCAUGUCAGUUUCAAAUUCACUUAGAAAACUUUUUUGGAAGCGUUUUCCCAAA